AACUGGAAACAGUAUUCUACCCCUGAGUUCUCCUUGGGUGCUGUCUGCCUUUCCUGAUUGCCUGUCUUUGGGACUUCCAUUAAGAAUUCUGGGUGCAAGCAGCAAGGCUCUUACCAUGGCUUCUAGGAAAGUCUGUAUGCUUGGCCUUCUUCUGGUCCUCCUCUGUUCAUUCCAGCUUCCUAGAACACAGGGUCAACAACACCAUCACCAAAGCGAUGUAGAACACCAUGGAAAUGAACAUUAUCAUCCCAAAGAGCAUCAACAUGAUACACACCAUUCUCAACAUACAGAAGAUGAUGGCGAUAAUGAUGGCCAUCCUCAUCAUCAUGCUGCUCAGUAUAAGGAUGCUGGACAUUACCAAGGAAGUUAUCAUUCUGAACAUGAUGAUGAUGAUGACAAUGAAGAGGAACAUUCUCAUCCUCAUAGUGCAGAUCACCACAUUGACCAUCACCACCAUGAUGAUAGUAAUGUUGAUGAUGAUGAUGAUAACAGCCAUGACAAGCAUCAUCAUGAUAAACAUCAUGGAAAUCAUGAUGAUGAUGAUGAUGAUGAUGACUAUCAUCAUCAGGGACAUCAUGAAGACCACCAUCACCACAGUGAUGAAGAGAGGCAUCAUCAGGGAGACCAUCAGCAUCAAGAAGACAAUGAUGAUGAUGAUGAAGAAGAAGAUGAUGCUGAACACCAGCACCACUACCAUCAUCAAAGGCAUGAUGAUGAUGAUGAUGAUGAUAAUGAUGAUGAUGAAGAAGAUGAUGAUGACAAUGACAAUGAUAAAGAUGAUGAUGACAGUCAGUCACAUCAUGACCAUCACAGCCAUCACCAACACCAUAAAGAUGAUGACAGUGAUGACAAUAAUGAUAAUGAACACCAACACCACCAUCAUAGACAUCAUGGAGUUCAUGGCAAUGAUGAUGAUGAUGAUGUUGAUGAUGAUGAUGAUGAUGAUGAUGAUGAUGAUGAUGAUGACGAUGAUAAUGAUUUUCAUCAUCAUCAACGCCAUCACCAAAAGCAUGCUGAUGAUGACGAUAACGAUGAGCAUCAACAUGAAGAAGAACAAGACGAAGAAGAAGAAGACGAAGAAGAAGAAAGCAAUAAUAGUAAUGAAGACGAGGAUGAUGAAGAUACAGCUCACAAAUCCCGUCACCAAAGUGGCCAUUAUCAGCAUCGGAAAUAUGACAAAGAAGAGUCUGAUGAAGUACCUUCUAAGGAAAAGGAUGAGCAUAAGCAUGAACGACACCGACAAAAGCCCCAUCACAAACAUGAGGCCUAUGAAAAAGCCAAAAAGCACCAUAAAGAGGAAGAAGAUGAGGAUGAGGAUGAAGAGGAAGAGGAAGAAGGUGAAGACAAUGAGUAUGAAGCAGGUUCUGUUUGCCACUACUGUGCCUUCUGCAAGCAUUGUGCGGAGUGUGACAAGUGCCCUUGUAAAGAUGGAGACAGCAGUGACUACUGCACAAGCUGCCAGUAUUGUCAUUUCUGCUACAUUUGUCCUGUGUGUGAGACAGCCUGUGCACCAGGAAGCAUCGUAGAUGAAGUAUCUGGAGCCUUAUUUCAGACAAUCGCUACCAUAUUUGAGCAGCAGGAACACUGAAGCGCCCCCUGCUGGAUAAGCCAAAAUUAGGAGAGAUUAUGGCACCGUGACUUUUAGAGCCAAACUGUAAACAAGAGCAUAUAUAUGGCUGUUGUUUCCAGCAGUGUUUUCCUCUUCCUCAUCUUUGAAAAAAAGCUUCCUAAGAUUGAUUUUGUCCUUUGGGGUGGGUGGGUGGGGGGAAGCAAAAGGGAUUUUCUAUCUUUUCUCAGAAGGCAGCAAAGCAACUUAGAGUUGAUACCAAGUGGGCAAAAAAAGAUGUAUCAAACCAUCUACAUCACUCCUUCGUUUGCUGAUAAAAAUCUACCUAUUGAAAUUGCUUUUGAUUAAAAUAAUAAUUUAAAAAAAUCUAUUGGGAUGAAGACUCACAGAACGGUUGUCUUGUUGAGCAUUUGGGCUUUUAUUUGGGCAAGGAGAUUGCCCUAUGCAAGCCAGAGCAUGUUAACUGAGAUCAAAUUUUAGACAAUCCAUUUCACCUUGAGUUAAGGAAUACAUAUUGUCUAUUUAAUUUCCUUGGCUAUUAAAUGUUUGAGAACCGCAUCACACUUGCAGCUUAUUCCUGAGCAAUAGGUGCUGUAGUUGUUUUACCCUCACUCAUGGCCUCCAGAUUUGUUGGAGUGCCACUUCAAUGUCAGCUACAAGAGGAAUCAAACCUACCACCUCUGGAAAGUACCUGGAUAGAGAGGAAGUCAGCCUUAGUGAAUGAGUCAGAAUAGGAGAUGAUUCAUGCUAGUGUGCAUCAAUGUUUGUUUCUGAAUUGUGAUUUGAUUCAGUGAAAAAUAUCUGUCCGACACUCUAAUGAAAGUUGGGUCUAUUUGAAUUAAAUCUAAGUGUGUUCAUUUUUACAAUUACUUAGCCUGUCAUUCUGCUCAUAAGGUCCUCAAUGUUUGAUCUGUGAUAAUUCUUUCGGAAUAGGAACAGUUUCAAGCAGCCUUCAUCAAAAAUUAUAGGACUACCUAAGCCGGCUUUCUACUCUGCACAACCAUUUUAAUAUUUUAUUUAUUAUUAUUUUACAACAGUUUGUUUGCUACUUAAUAGCAAUGAUUCUAAGUAGCUUGCCUAAAACCCCAUCCUACUAAUCUCUCCUUUCCCAACUCUUUCUGGUCUAUCAGUUCUUUGGAAAAUGACUAUUUUUAUGGCUUAUUCAUAGAAUAACAAAAGGCAAAACUGACAACAUAAAACUGUAUUGGUACCAAAUAUGAUUUCUGCCCUUUGCCAAAGAAACUUUGAACAUUUGUAGAUUUUAUGAAGAUACCAAAGAAUCUGACACAGACAAUAGCUUCCUCAUAUAGCAGCUUUCAUAACCUGGGAUCUUCCCAAUAUACCGGCACUAUGAUACCAGCAAGAGAAUCUUUUCUGGAAUGCCAUCACAGCUAAAUUGAUUAUAGUACUUUCAGGAACUAGGUUUCUAGUGCUAUCGCUUUCAAUAUAUCAGGUCCAUUUCUUCUUGCAUAACUGUACAAAGAAAAGACAGGAGUUGGAAAAGAUGUUGCUAUUUAAGCCACCAUUAACAUUCUGUGCUUCAGGCAAAGUUAUGCACAAUAAAAAUGCUGACAUAACCAGAAGUAGCCCUUUUCUUUUUGUAGGCACAGCCAUAGGCUUUAUACCCUAUUCUACAUUUUUUUAAUUAAAAGUAUUGUAUGCAAUCUUCCUAACCAGGUGCUAAGAAAUGAGUUAUUUUACAACCCCCAUUAUAUUCUAUUCUCAGCCACUUUUGCUUAUAUAUUAGCUAGCAUCCCUCACUUGAUAAUCAGUAGAAUUGAUCUGUUGUAUCAUUUUUCCUCUUCCUGCAUCAUACCACUUUUUCUGCAUCUGAUGUCUGGCCAUUGUACUGAAUCUCAGGAAGCCAAAAUUGGAUACAUUAAACCAAAUAGGGAACUUCAGCUGAAGACUAGAUCCUAUAGACUCAGAGUGAGGAUAAAUUGCAAACAGAACUUGGCUGAGGGUAAUUAAUGGUUUGUCUCAUUUGUUCAGGUGUAGAUUACGUUUUUGAACAAAAUCAAAACACAAGAAAGAGUUUGGUUGGGGGAUGUUGAUAGAACCUACUGCUUCAAGAAGUAAAUAGUGUGAACAGAAUCUGAUUCCGAAUCUUAUUUGUUCACAUCUGAACAGAUGCGCGAGAUAGACUCCAAGCUCAAUUCUGAGCUUUCUUGUGACUUCAGAUUUUGAGACUCACUUGCUUUGGUUCAAUUAAAAGUAAUCUUCUCUCUCCACUCAAAUGGAUGCUCUUCUCCAGACUUUUUAAACUUAAUUUAUAGCCUUCACUUUGUCUAGUUUUCACGAACAAUAAACUUUAAACUUGCUUCUAAA